UUGAACGAAAUCUGUUCUAUCGGUAGGUGUUUUAACCUCAACUCCCUUCAAAACACAAAAAAAAUUGGUGUUUACUUGUGAUAACUGUGGAGAAGUGGAUUGAAAAUGUCUGGAGGAAAGAAAAUAAGUCAACACGACCUCCGGAGGGCGAUGAUGGACCACAAGAAGAAGUCUGGAGCUGUGAAGAAGAUCGAUUCACCACUGGCAAAGUACACAGAUAAUGGCCAGCUGAUGUGCGUGAUCUGCAAAUCCAUUAUUCGCAGCGAGACUGUCUGGCCAGUCCACCUGAACUCAAAAUCCCACAAGGAGAAUGUUAUUUCUGCAAAAAAACUUUUGGAAAUGAAGGAAGUUCCCUCGAAGGUAGAGAAAGCUUUCAAGAGGCCCAGCUCUCCCCCCAGGGGAUCACAAUCCCCGAAGAAGGUCAAGGGGAUCCUGAGGAACCCUCAGACAUCACCAGCACUGCCUCCUGAUUUUUUCGAUAAUCCCAAUGGAACCAGUAGAAAUAAUUUGCCUACUGUGACGAAACAGACUGAGGAACUCGUGAUUAAAUCCUCCAAGGAGGAGAAUAAAGAUCUCAAGGACGCAGAAUCCACCAAUUCUACUGCUCUGCCAGAGGGAUUUUUUGAUGAUCCAAUUUUAGAUGCUAAAGUGAGAAAUGUGGAGUACAAAGACCCCAUCGAGGAAGAGUGGGACAAAUUCCAGAAGGAAAUGAGGGAAGAGGCAGCACAAUCUGCUCAAAUAAUUGCUGAGGAUCAGGAGGAAGCCACCACUGAGAGGCAGUUGGAUGAGAUCGAGGAGCAGAUACGUAAUUGGUCGAGAGUAAUGGAUUUAGUUCGACGAAAAGAACAAGUUCAAGCAGCGGAAAGGAAGAAAGAAUCGGUGGAUGAAGACAUGUCCAGUGGUGAUGAGAGUGAUUACGACGAAUUCCUGGACUGGCGAGCUAAAACCUCUUACAAAUAGUGAAUAAAUAAAUUAAAUUCAUCCCUCCAGUGUAAGAUAAUUUUAUUAAAAUGAAUCGAGAUAGCGGAUAUUACAGAUACGUUGAAUGUAAUAAAGAUUACCUUAACGAGAUAAUUAAGCUAUUAUAAUUCAUAUCGAAAGUCUAUUUUUAAUAAAGACUACCAAUUACAA